AAAUCUCAAAGCCGGUCUUUCUCACUCAACUGCUCAGCCAGAUCCUGGCUAAGAUCUCGGUUAUCUUCAACGAAACAACUUUGGUUCCGGUCCACUGCGGAAAGUUCUUCUCUUAACAGGCGUUGUAAUGGAUGACACAGUGUGCUACAUAAAAGCGGAAUACCUGGUGCCACGCCUACCGGAGGAGAAAAAGACAGAAGACCCCCAAACGGCUCCGGUUUCUGCGACGAUAGAAGACCACCAACCGGCUCCGGUUUCUGCGACGACAGAAGGCACGGGCGAACCUCCAUUGAAAAAGGGUCGUUUCGACAAGAAGAAGAAAAACCGAGGCCAGAACAAAAAUCGGGAUCUGCCGUUUAAAGAGCAGGACGAUGCCCGCCUCUGUAAGACCCUUCUGGAUGGUAAAUCUUCUAACGAAAAAUGCGUAAACUCCCGCUGUCGGUUCUCGCAUGAUCUGGAGCGAUUCAUUCAGUUGAAACCGAAAGACAUUGGCGAAAGUUGCUACAUCUACUCGUUGAAGGGAUACUGCAAUUUCGGAGUUACGUGCAGAUUUGCCGGUGCCCAUCUAGAUGAGGAGUUGAAUAACAAAAUCGGCGAUGGAGUUAAGCGAGGGAACCAUAAUUUGGUCAGCAUGUGCUUGAGCUUCGACCUGCAGAAUCAGCUGCGUAAGAAAAGCUAUGAUUAUAGUAAGAGUAACAAGAUCAUAUCGAAAUUCGAGAGGCUGCAGAAAGAAGCCAAGGAGGAAGUGGAAGAGCUGAGCGGUGACACACCGAAGGCAAAACGCAUCGGGUCCUGUACGGACGAGGAUGUUAUAAAGGUGCGAAGUGAAGAACGGAAGAAGAUUAACUUUAAGGAUAAGCUCUAUCUAAGUCCACUGACCACUGUUGGCAAUCUUCCGUUCAGACGGAUCUGCAAGGAGUACGGUGUUGAUAUUACUUGCGGUGAAAUGGCCUGUUCAGUACCUAUUAUCAACGGUAUGAUGCAGGAAUGGGCACUGACGAAACGACAUCCGUCGGAAGAUUUGUUCGGAGUGCAGAUUUGUGGCCACAAUCAGAAAUUGGUAUCGUACGCAGCUCAAGUUGUAGCCGAACAUGCCGAGGUGGACUUUAUCGAUCUGAACCUUGGCUGUCCGAUUGAUUUGAUUUUUAACCAAGGAGGAGGAAGUGCACUGCUCCGACGGAAGAAUAUCUUAGAAGUAAUGAUUCAGAGUUGUUCUAGAAUACUGGCAGAUUACGAUAAGGAAUUUACCGUGAAGACCAGAAUGGGAAUUUACUCUAACAAAUAUGUGGCGCACGAGCUAAUUCCGCAGUUUGAAGAAUGGGGUGCAAGUCUGGUAACCGUUCACGGCCGGACCAAAGAGCAACGGUACACUAAGAAAGCAGACUGGGCUUACAUUCAGCAGUGUGCAGAGCAAGCUAAGACCAUUCCCAUAUUCGGCAAUGGAGAUAUUUUCAACUAUCAAGAUUAUCUGGAUGCGAAAGAACGAGCCCCUAAACUGUCCGGUGUGAUGAUCGGAAGGGGAGCAUUGAUCAAGCCUUGGCUGUUCCAGGAAAUAAAAGAGCAAAAGGCGCUCGAUCCGUCCAGCAGUGAGCGCAUGGAGAUGUUGAAACGUUACGUAAACUAUGGUCUGGAACACUGGGGUAGCGAUACCAAAGGCGUUGAAAAUACUAGGAGAUUUUUCCUGGAAUGGCAAUCGUUCCUAUAUCGAUAUGUUCCCUACGGUCUACUGGAGAAGCCACCGCAACAGAUAAAUCAACGACCUCAAACCUUCCGCGGCCGUGACGAUCUGGAAACACUAAUGGCCUCCCCCAACUGUGCGGAUUGGGUCAAACUGAGUGAAAUGCUACUUGGCCCAGUACCGGAUGGUUUCAACUUUGUACCCAAACAUAAGGCAAAUUCCUACUGAAGACCAUGUUCCUACGUUGCAGGUAGGUAGAAGAGAGGCGUUGUAAAUUAUGCAUUACUUGGUGUAACUUUAAAACUUGAAAUCAAACAUGCGGUUGACUGAAUAAUAAGCCAUGCAACGGUAGAAGAU